AUGGCUGGCCAUAUUCAAAUUUUUCUCAUCAGUCUGCUGACGGCAGCUGCCGCCCUUCCAUUGGAUCAGUCAUGGCAGUUAGUACCAACCUCAGACGGUUUUCUACACCUGGUCAAUAUCAAUCCAUAUAAUCUACCAGACGUGGAUCCGGAUGAACCAGCCCCUUCUUUCGUACCAGAAGAAGACAUGGUGUUCAGACUAUUUACCAGAAGUAAUCCAACUGAGCCGCAAUUUUUGAAAAUCGGUAAUCCUUCCUCGAUUACUGGAUCCAAUUACAAUUCCGCGCAUCCAACUCGCUUCGACAUUCACGGUUGGGGUGGCGGAGGCCAUGAUUGGGCAGGGGUCGCAUUGCGUAACGCAUUUCUAGCAGUUGGCGAUUUCAACGUGAUCACAGUGGAUUGGAGCGUCGCGGCCAGUAAUCCCAACUACAUUGCAGCUCGUAACCAGGUGGGACCAGCUUACGCGGGAGCUGAUCCAAAUGACAUUUAUGUCACUGGACAUAGUUUGGGCGGGCAUGUAGCUGCUAAUGUUGGUAAGGCUCAAGGAGGCCGUCUACAUACGAUCAUUUCUCUUGAUCCUGCGGGUCCACUGUUCUCUGCUGGACAAGAUGACGCAUUAUCCCCACAGGACGCACAAUAUGUAGAAACAAUUAUGACAAACGCUGGGUUGUUGGGUAUCGGAGUGCCUUUGGGACAAGCCAAUUUCUAUCCAAAUGAAGGACGCACACAGCCUGGAUGCGGUAUCGACAUCAGUGGAAAUUGCGUCCACGCUUUGGCAACAACCUUCUAUGUUGAAUCAAUUGGUUCUACGGUACCGUUCCGAUCGACAAGAUGCGCAAGCCACGACGAAAUUUUGGAAGGAGUUUGCACUCCUAGCGGACCGGAUGCCAAUAUGGGAGGGGAACCGUCCAAUCAUGGUCGUGGAGUUGAGGGUAUUUACUUUUUGACGACCAACGGAGAGUCGCCGUUCGCACAGGGUUGA